UGGGUCCCAAAGCCAUUCAGUUAGACAGCAGAGUUACCGAGAAGAGCUGGAAACACCUGAUGGUCUCUUUGGGACAAUCCGCUCCAUUUAACUCUCCUCUUGACUGUCGGAAGAUAAAUCUACCUCCAGGCUUCAGUUUUGUCUACUUUUUGUAUCGUUUUUUCUCUUCUGAUAAAAGUUACAGAGCCAGCUGAUCUCUCUCUCUCUCUCUCUCUCUCUCUCUCUCUCUCUUUCAUUUCUUUCUUGAGCCAAAGUCUUAUUGAUAAGGAGACAUUGCACUAUUUCUUUUUUUUUUUUGUGUAACUGUUCCUAUAUUUAUUGUCAUUUUCUUUGCACUAACGAUGCACACCACGCAAAAGGACACGACCUACACGAAGAUUUUUGUCGGGGGUCUUCCCUACCACACCACGGAUUCAAGUCUCAGGAAAUAUUUCGAGGUGUUCGGUGAGAUUGAAGAAGCGGUGGUCAUCACCGACAGACAGACCGGCAAGUCCAGGGGUUAUGGAUUCGUGACGAUGGCGGAUCGCUCAGCUGCUGACCGGGCCUGUAAGGACCCCAACCCAAUCAUAGACGGCAGGAAGGCCAACGUCAACCUGGCCUACCUGGGGGCCAAGCCUCGGGUGAUGCAGCCAGGUUUCACCUUUGGUGUUCCCCAAAUUCACCCAGCGUUCAUCCAAAGGCCUUAUGGCAUCCCGGCUCACUAUAUGUACCCUCAGGCCUUCGUGCAACCUAGUGUGGUCAUCCCUCAUGUGCAGCCUGCAGCCGCUGCACCUGCCACCGCCUCUUCACCGUACAUCGACUACACCGGGGCUGCCUACGCGCAGUAUUCUGCCGCGGCGGCCAGCGCCGCGGCCGCCGCUGCUGCAUACGAGCAGUAUCCCUACGCUGCAUCCCCUGCGGCCGCAGGCUACGUGGCCACCGCCGGCUACGGCUAUGCAGUCCAGCAGCCUUUGGCCACCGCCGCCCCGGGCUCGGCCGCCGCUGCAGCUGCAGCCUUCGGUCAGUACCAGCCCCAGCAGCUGCAAGCCGACCGCAUGCAAUAGCAGCCACUGCAACCACUGGACAUGCAGAGAGAGGAGGCCCGCCCCCGGCCACAGCUGACGGGUCACGAGAGGGAGUGGAGGAAACGAAAGAGGGAGUGGCUUUAAGGGCGGACGCGUCAGCAGCUCAGAGGCAGUGUUGCUUUAAAAAGCUGAUGAUGAAGAUGAUGGUGAUGAUGAUGGUGGUGGUGGUAGUGAUGAUGAUGAUGAUGAUGAUGAUGAUGGUGAGGUGGGAACCUUUUACAAUAACGUUCCAACUUGCUGUGCUUCAACCAAAAAAAUUAGAAAAUGAAAAAAAUUUGCAGAACAAAUAAUGAAAGGUGAUUUACUUAUAUUGUUGUUGUUAUUACUAUGAUUAUUAUUAUUAUCUUUACAUUUAUCAUUGUAGUAGAGUACUUAUUUCUAGCGAAGAAAUGCAGGACCUAAUCCCCGUGGUUGGUAUAGAUGUUAAACUAAGCCGUUAAGUCCUAUUGCUGUCUUUAACGUUAGUGUAGGAAACUGGUCUCUUUUGGUUAUUUGAUGCCCUCAUAACAUUUAUAUUUAUUACUGUCAUUAUUACACAUUGAGGGCUCUCCUUGUUCCUUUUUUGUCUUUUCAAGUGCAUUUAUUGGAAUUAAUAUUUUCUGAUAAUCAGGGAAAUGGAACCGUUUCCAACGUGUUAGCUAUUAUUAUGUGACCUCUGUCAGGAAGUCUAGGAGUCGUUGUGUCACAUAUUUGAAGAACUAUCUUUUUAUCUUCCUGAUGCUGAAUGUCCCUUUUUUUACUCUGUGUCUUGACCUCUUGACCUAUGCAAAGCAAACAAAUCACCAGGAGACAAAAAAAAAACAGAACAAAGAAAAGAAAAACUGAAUAAGUCAUCAACGCUGACUUGACUCUUGGACUAAUGGGGGGACUUGGCAAACAAAACAAAGGCACUGACAACAAGAGAAAGGUUGAACACAGCUUCAGACAAUGAGAAACCCUAAAUCAGUUGCUUUUCCACACAUUUAACUCACACGUAUACUCUGACACGUGCAUCCAGAGUUGCACACAUAGCAUUGAAAAGACAAAGGCAGCACAGUCGUGUUUCUCUCUGGCUCCGGGGAUGGAGAGAGAGAGAGAAAAAGAGAAAGAGAGAAAGAAAAGAGUGAGGGAGAGAGCAGCUGCUGGUGGGGGUGGGCAGAGCUGCUCCAGCGCCACACAGACGGAUCACUCUGGAAAGAACGCAUCACUUGUGCUCGUUUGUUGAGCUGUCACAUUUUAAUCCCCGGCCGGGCCCAUUUGGGAACCAACUUUACACCCCUCCACCCAACACAGAAGCCCACAGCAGGGCCCUCGCACCACCACCACGCGGUCAUUCAACCCCGCCACUGUCAGCACUUCCACCUCUGUGCUGCUGCAGUCUGGUGUCAGGUAUACACACAGUCACAAACACACUUUCACCAAAGCUACCCCAACAACCGGCCUGCCUCAUGUCUGUCAAGAGCACCAGGUGGGGCGGAGGGUACGGGGGUUUACUCUUUGAUGUCAUGUCGGUCUGUGUGCCUUACAAAAAAAUUUUUUUCCUGCUAUUUAAGGAAAAGAAAAACUGAAAAAGAAGAGAAAAAUCUACUAUUUAAGAUAUUUAUUUUUGAGGGUUGACAAUGUUAACACUCUGAGAGUAGCGACUUAGUGGAGGUACUGUAUUAAUAAUAUUAUUAUGUACUCAUCUCAAGGCAUAUAUAAGUUAUUGAUUAGUUUUAGUAAAAUUAUUAUUAUCAUAAUUAUUAUUAACAUACUCAACCAAAAAUGUUGAUGUAGAACUUAUUUAAGAUACUGUUAUGUGCACUGUACUUUUUAUUUUUUAUCUUUUUGAUUCUUUAGAAGAUGACAUUAAAUAUUAGCUUAAUGCCUUUUGUAUGGAAGAACUUUAUUUAAAUGCAGGCCUGUUGCAUGCAGAUUGUACUCUGCCUCUUCUGUGUUUAGACGAAAGGAAAAAUAACACAAUAAUUUUGAAGAAAAAAUAACGAGCAAAAAUGCUGCUUUCUCCAUUAGAAUGUAAAGUCGUCGUCGAGGUUUCAGUAGCUGUUCUUUUGCUUAAUAUUCAUCAGAUGGGCUAUUUUACACUGUUGGGAAUUUUUAUACUUGAACUAUUUCUUACAAGGGAAAUAUGAAAAAUAAAUGACGAAAAACGUUUUAAGGAAGCUUUUCAUUGUCACUGGACGAAGGCAUGUAAAGUGUUACUCUUCAAAUGCAAAGGUCCUAUUGAUAUUAAAACCUUUACUUCAGAAUUUCAACACCAUUUGGUCAAAAUCAGAAUAAAAUGUUCUAUAUUU